AUGGGCAAUCCUUCUUGGAAGUUCGCGACCAAUGAUGGCCAAACCAUCGCUGAAGCCACCAUACGAUCGAUGACUGCUUACGCCGAUCGCAAACCUAAAGUCGAGCUCGUUAAGGAGACUUUCCUGUCUUACCUGACUUGUCUGCUGGAAACCCAACCCUUGGCCGAAGAUAAGAUGCCUACAUUCCGCAGUCGUCGGUCAAGCAACUCUCAGAUCACAUCGAGGAAAUGUCGCAGGACCUUAGAACGCUAUAUUGGUCCUCUUCGACGUACGUCAGCUGUACGGCCUCUUGACUAUGUACAAUUCAUGUGA